AUGCCUCUCUUCAGAGACGAAAACUUCCUAGUGGUGCAUGCAGGCUCGGAGCACACACUAUUUCUCUUCGGAUUGCUGGAUUCGUUGACCACGCCCCAUUAUAAGAUCCCCACUGUGGUGUACUUGGAUGCUUCCACCAACCAGUAUAAGGGGUCCAAUCCAGAUGGAACAUACUCGGAAAUUAGACCCAUCCGCGGCUCGCGCAUUGUUGAUGUGGCUGCCUUCCAGGCAUUGUUGAAGUUUAUCUUGCAGACCAUCAUUGCCUCGCACCCAAUCCUCACCAUCAACCAGGUGCCAUUAUUGUUGAUUAUUCCGUCACUUUCUUACUCGAGAGCCGCCGUUGAACUGAUCUCCAAGUUUGUGUUUGAAGUGUUGGAGUUCACUGCGUUCAAUGUUUUGGAUUUGUCCAUUGCUGCUUCCAUUGGCUUGGGUGCCACGGGCUCAUCUUUGGUGGUCAACAUUGGCCACGAAUCCACCCAGAUCAUGCCGGUUAUUGCUGGAACUUGCAUCAAGUACGCUGGUGUGCGCUUGGAUGUGGGUGGUAAGACCAUUAACGAAGACUUGGCCAACUUGUUGCCCCAGUUGACCCAGGACCAGAUUGAAGCCUUAAAGACAUCGUCUAUCUUCGAAGUUCUCAACGGCCACGAGACGUCUUUCUACUCUAGUGCCGACUUGGCCGAGUCCAAGACGACGUCUGACGAUGAGUUUGACGUGGCCAAGAUUGUGACUGAGGAGAAUGGCGAGAAAAAGCUCUUAGAAGAAGAAGACGAGAAGGUGGAAACCAAGCCAAACAGUGAAUUGGAGCGUAACUCUUUUACAGAUGCUUCGGGUACAAAGCACUUCAUCGGCAAGGAGCGUUUCCAGGGAACCAGCCGACUUGUCGGAGCCCUUUCCGAGGGAAUCUUCGAGGCGUUGCAACAGGUUCCAGAUGUGGACAAGCGCCAGGAGUGCUAUGACAACCUCAUUUUCGUGGGCGGAACAUCGAACAUUGCAGGCUUGAAGCAGGCAGUGGUGAUCAAGCUCUGUGAGAACCACUUGACGAAACCUCCACCAUCGAAAAAGAAGUCUAAGAACGAGCUGACUGUCAACUCUGCUAUUGCUGCAUACCAACAAGCUGACGAAUCGGGAGAUACUAGUGGAGAGCCAAAUGGCGUUUUGCAGGUUCCUUCGUCCAUUAAAUUGGUCAAGCAUCCAGAAUACUUCCCGGAGUGGAAGAAGCCCAAGGAGAAGGGAGGAUCAUGGGCCGACGUAUACGUAUUGGGAGGAGAAAUUUACUCCAAGCAGAUUUUCGGUGCUAACUCCAAUCAUGGCGGUGAUACCUUCAUGGACACAGACGUCUACGAGGAAAAGGGACCCCAAGCUAUUUGGGAUGUCUCGUACUAA